CUCAGUGCGCAAGAUGGAAGCAACGCCGGCGGCAAGACUCUAUCUCCCAGCAUGCCUUGCUGCCCGUCUGGAGUCGGGACUUCGAGUGAUGGAGACCCUCCAGUGCUUUAGGCCGCCAAGUCUCUUGUAGAGGUUGAGGCGGAUCCGGGGCUUGGGAAUUGGACGCAAUCGAGGGAGGAAGAUGGAAGCGUGGCGCUGUGUGAGGAGGGGCUACGGCCGCUGUGUGGUGGGACGAGGCCGAUACCCCAUGUUUACCUAUUACCCGAGGAGUCUGGGCAGAGACUGGACUACACCGUGGGACAAUCUGCAGAGGUGUUGCUGGAACAGACAUAUUUCUAGUUGUAUGAGGUGGCCUGGACAUUAUUCUCGUGCUCCGUACCCAUACUUCAGUAGUAGACAGUUUUCUCUAAAUUGGAGACCACCGUGUUUGUUUGAGUCUAGAGCUCAGUUUCAGUACUAUAACUGGAGACCCGACAACCUGGGCCAGACAUCUUUGAUUCAUCUCUCUAGUUACGUCAUGAACUCUGAGGGAGAUGAGCCGUCAUCAAAACGAAGAAAACACCAAGGCAUGAUAAAACGGAAUUGGGAAUAUAUAUGUAAUCACAAUAAAGAAAAAACAAAGACCCUCGGAGACAAUAGCAUUGACACCACAUGUGAAGACAGUGAGAACAAGUUUGACUUUUCAGUGAUGUCCUAUAAUAUACUUUCACAAGAUUUAUUGGAAGAUAAUUCACACCUUUAUAGACACUGUCGACGGCCAGUAUUACACUGGAGUUUCAGGUUUCCUAACAUUCUGAAAGAAAUUAAACACUUUGAUGCAGAUGUACUUUGUUUACAAGAAGUUCAAGAAGAUCAUUAUGGAACAGAGAUAAGGCCAAGUUUGGAAUCGUUGGGUUAUCACUGUGAAUAUAAAAUGCGGACAGGAAGGAAACCCGAUGGCUGUGCCAUUUGCUUCAAACAUUCCAAAUUUUCACUCUUGUCAGUGAACCCAGUGGAAUUCUACCGCCCUGAUAUCCCUCUGUUGGACAGAGACAAUGUCGGAUUAGUUUUACUCUUGCAGCCCAAAAUCCCAAGUGCUGCCACCCCUGCGAUCUGUGUAGCUAAUACACAUCUGUUGUACAAUCCAAGGCGCGGUGAUAUUAAGCUGACCCAGUUGGCAAUGCUCCUGGCAGAGAUUUCCAGUGUUGCCCAUCAGAAAGAUGGCAGUUUCUGUCCUAUUGUUAUGUGUGGUGACUUUAAUUCUGUUCCUGGCUCUCCACUCUAUAGUUUCAUAAAGGAAGGAAAAUUGAAUUAUGAAGGACUUGCUAUAGGAAAGGUAUCUGGCCAGGAACAGUCUUCACGGGGACAGAGAAUUUUAUCUAUUCCAAUUUGGCCCCCAGACCUAGGUAUCUCACAGAACUGUGUGUAUGAGGUACAGCAGGUGCCAAGAGUAGGAAAGACAGAUAGCGAUCUGACACAAACACAGCUGGAGAAAACAGAGGUCCUAGUAACAACCGAAAAAUUAUCUUCAAAUUUACAGCACCAUUUCAGCUUGUCGUCUGUUUAUUCACAUUACUUUCCUGACACUGGAAUUCCAGAAGUGACCACCUGUCAUUCCCGAAGUGCCAUAACUGUGGAUUAUAUUUUCUACUCCGCAGAAAAAGAAGAUAUUUCUGGGUCUCCAGGAGCUGAAGUUGCUUUGGUUGGUGGUUUGAAACUUCUAGCUAGACUGUCACUUCUUACAGAGCAAGACUUAUGGACCGUUAAUGGACUUCCAAACGAAAAUAACUCUUCAGAUCAUCUGCCUCUAUUGGCUAAGUUCAGACUCAAGCUCUGACACUUUUUCGAUUACACACUUAAUUUUCUUUAUAAUUUAUAUUCUUUUUUCAAAGAAUGUAAAGUCAUUCUGACGUGUUUGCAUGAUGUUUAUUUUUGCGCUAUGGAGUUUUUCAAGAGUUUAUGUUAAAUGCUUGAACCAUAUCAGAAGAAACAAGUUUACAGCAACUCUCUUUUGUUUUUCUUUGUUUUCUUCUUUAAUAAUGAAAACUAUUUUCCUGACAGGUGAGAUCUAAAUACUCUUUAUCAUAAAAGAGAUGUAAAUUUUUUUCUUUUAUAAAUCUCAGUAAAAUUGUCAAUGAUUUUUUUAAAAUAUA